AUGAAGGUCUCCAUGAAAUGGUCAUCCUCCAGAGCGGAGCCUCGGGUGAUGGGGGAGGUCCCGCUCACCGCGCCUUUGGGCCCGGCUUUCCCAGGGUCCCUCUGUGGGCAGAGUGCGGCCAGACGCCAGGAGCCGAGUUGGCUCAGCCUCCUCAGUCGAAUCGUCGGUGGAAGCCAGGUGGAGCGAGGCACUCACCCGUGGCAGGUGUCCCUGAAGCGGAGGCAGACUCAUUUCUGUGGCGGGACGAUCAUUUCUGCCCAGUGGGUGGUCACUGCUGCCCACUGUGUCAUGGACAGGUAUCUGCGGACUUACCUGAACGUAACGGCCGGAAAGUACGACCUGUCCCUCGCCGAGCCGGGGGAGCAGACGCUGGCGGUGAAAUCCAUCGUCAAACACCCCAAAUUCAAUCCCAAGAUGCCCAUGAACUAUGACAUCGCUUUGCUCAAGCUGGACGGACACCUCAGGUUUGGGCCGGUGGUUUGGCCAGUCUGCCUUCCAGAACCGGGAGAGACGUUCGCUCCGGGAACGCUGUGCACCACCACUGGCUGGGGCCGCCUGGCAGAGAACGGAGCCCUCCCUCAGCGACUGCAACAGGUCCACCUGCCCAUUCUGCACCAGCGAGACUGCGGGGCGGCCCUGCUGACGCUCAAGAAGCCCGUGAGCGGAGACACUGUGCUCUGCGCUGGGUUCCCUGAUGGAGGGAAGGAUGCCUGCCAGGGGGACUCAGGAGGCGCCCUGCUUUGCAAGAGCAGGCCGGGGGCCUGGACCCUGGCCGGGGUCACGUCGUGGGGAAUGGGGUGCGCUCGCCCCUGGAGAAAUAACUUGAGGAAGAGCUCGAGCCUGAGGGGCUCCCCUGGGCUGUUCACGGACACUAGCAAGGUGCUUUCCUGGAUUCACCAAACCAUCAGUUCUGGCCUGAGCUCUGAACUGAGACCGAAGAGUGCAGCGGUGAGAGUCCGGUGCAGGCAGAGGCCGGACUGGGGGCUUCGGGGCAAUGAGAACCUGCGGACCCUCAUUCACCAGCCAGAUGGUCCCUUUCCUGAGAGGACCAAGGGUGGGUUGGCCGUAGGAACAGCACCCUGCAGCGGGAGAGACGGCCUGCUCUCCGGACCCCAGGGGAGCCUGCGUUUCCCAGGGCCGUCCCGACCCUCCUACCAGGACAACCAGUUGUGUCUCUGGACCGUGCGAGUCCCCUCCGGGAAGCACGUCCUGCUCAGUUUUUCCCACAUGGACACGGAGUUUGAGGAGUUCUGCCGCCACGAUUCCCUGUCCGUUCUGGCACCAGGAGACAGAUUUGUCGGGAAAUUCUGCGGCACGGUUUUCCCGCGGCCCAUUCUGAUCGGCUCCAGUUCUGUCAGGCUGAAGUUUGUCUCCGAUUCCACGGAUUCGGGAACUGGAUUUUCUCUCACCUACAAAGCUGUGGAACCAAGCCGUCUCCUCGGCGACUGGGAGAGCUGGGUGUCGCUCAGCACAACGAAAGAGACGGAUGGGUCCCGAGGAAACCAGGACGCUCUCCUUCCCUCCUUCUCCCGUUCUGGAUGUGGGCCUCUCACCGUCCUUCUUGAGGAAGGAACCCUCCGAAGCGAGCACUCUCCUGGGGCCUCGGGACGCUCGCCCGACUGCCGCUGGAUUAUCCAUGCGCCAGAAGACCACGUCGUGAAGCUUGACUUUCAGAGCUUGGAGGUAGAAGAAAGUGAAGGAUGCUCCCUGGGCUCUCUGGCAAUGUAUGACGAUACAGUGGGAGAGGAGGAAAUAGCUAGGUUGUGUGGUUUCGUCGUGCCGGCGCCCGUGUUCAGCUCUUCCAGCGUGAUGUUGGUCAUCUUCACGCCCGGUGGGAGUCACGGCCACUUCCGGGCCACGAUCUCUUUCAUCCGCAACACCCGGAAAGAUCUCAUCGCCUUGGGGUCGGAGGAUGAGGAGAGGCUCCCUGAAGCGCUGAGCGAGGUGGCGAAUGAAACACAGGUUCCUGCGGAUGGCUGCGGGGCUGCCGCCCACCCUCCCGGGAUUGUCUUCAGCAGGAUCGUGGGAGGGGAAGAGGCACCGCCCGGCUCCUGGCCCUGGCAGGUCAGCCUGCAGAUCGCCACCGAGCCCGUGUGCGGCGGCAGCAUCGUGGGGAGGAGCUGGGUGCUCACCGCCGCUCACUGCCUUCAGGACAGGGAACAUCCCGCUGGUUCGUGGGUCGUGAUUGCUGGAAUCCAUGACCUGAGUCAGCGAGGGCACCGUCAGCACAUUGUCACAUCAGGCCCCCGUGGUGGAGAGAAGACCAGCCAACUGCAGCAGGUGCAGGUGCCCAUCCUUGCCCGUGGCACCUGCUGGGAAUAUUACCGCAACCUUUCAGCAGAGCUUUCCCGGCACAUGCUCUGUGCCGGAUCCCCCGUCCAGGGAGGCAAGGAUUCCUGCACAGGGGACUCCGGGGGUCCGCUCGUGUGCCUCCUCGACGACUCGGGGCUCUACGCCGUCUUCGGGAUAACCAGCUGGGGCUUUGGCUGUGGAAACUCUCGCUCUCCG